AUCUGUGUCCGUCGUCAACGGCUUUAGGCUAAAAUCAAUGUAUAAAAAUAACACACAUCUUUGACAGUUUUUUUUAACAUCAUUUUUAUAGAAUCAAAACGCGGGACAAAAAUUAAAACAGUGUUUUUUUUUGAAGAGGAAUAUUAAAAAAAAUGGAAUCAGCAAUUAUGAAUUUAGAAGAAAGUGUUCAAAAAGCUGAUGGAAAAUUGGACAUGAUUGCUUGGCAGAUUGACGUUUUUGAAAAAGAAUUUCAAGAUCCUGAAAGCGAGAUUUCUGUACUACGACUUCUUCGUUCAGUAACACAAGUAAAAGAAGAAUAUCAAACAUUGCGUCAAGAUAUUCUUGAGGUUCAUCAAUUGCAAAAACAAUUGUCAGAUUCAUUAAGGGCCCAACUCUCACAAGUGCAGGGGCACUUUAAUAUAUUACGAAACAAAAUUAUAGGACGCAGUAAAAUUCCUCGACUUCAGUAAGAUGACGAAAUUUCAAAAAAGAAAAUAUAUAACAAAACUUUCUUCAUAUUAUUCUAAAAAAAAAAAAAAACAAUACUCAAUAUUUGUGAAACAAACAAUUUUUUGAAUAAUAUUCGACAAAUUUUAAUCAAAGAAAAAAAAAAAAUGCAAAUCAAAAAAUUAUUUCCGACUAUUUUCAAAAUAGUGAAAAUUUAAACUUAUUUAAUUUUGCAGCUCUGCGAGCAUUUUCUUAUUUUAUUUUCAAAUGAGAAAGUUUGAUAAAUAAUAAUUUUAUGGCGCUAAUUUUUGUGCAAAUAAUUAAGUUCAGAUUUUACAAAUAUUUAGGCAUAUUAUAGUAGGCAAAAUAGAGAAUUAUAAUUAUUAAAUUAUUUAAAAUAUAUAAUAGAUAGAAAUUUUUUUUUGCACUCUAGUAACGUAGAAAUGUUGUGCAAAACAAAAGCUUUCUAUAUUAAGAAAUUAAUGACCUAAAAAAUAAAGUUCAAUUAAUACUUUGCAUGCUUCCAAAAUUUA